CUGAACUGAAUUUUCAGUCUGAUUUUCAGAUUUUUCCAGCGUUUCCUAACUCCUCUUCAAAUUCUCCCAUCCGAUUCAUUUGCAUCUAUCAGCUUGUGUUUCUUAUAUUGGAUAAUUUUUUCUUUGCACCGCAGAAAUUCCUUCUGAACGGUUAGCAAGAAUACGGACGCUGAUUAGUCAGGAAACACUCAUCGUGUACUGGUUUUUCAUUUUCGUCAGUGUUUUUUUCUGGUUGCUUUCCUUCCUGUGCGAUUAUGUUGAGGAUGCGCUGAUGUUUGACCGUUGUAACGCGUGAACCAGUGGCGUCGUUGUCGGGACGUUGAGGGGCCAUGUGGGUGCGUUACCGUGCACGGAUAUGAUCGGUAGCAAUCCGCGUGUGGAUGAGCGCAGCGCCAAUCGCAGUUCCUGGCACUUUCUCGUCUCCGAGACGCAGCGUCACGUGCGCGGCCACACACUCUACAAAGUCACACUCCAGAUUAUUCCCGUGGAUAUUUCAGCAGCGGUGCAGGAGAUCAUCUGGUGGAAGCGUUACACGGAAUUCCACACCGUCCACAAAGUCCUCUCGCAGCUGCACACGGCGCUCUUCCUCAAGGGAACAUUUCCGGUCUUCCCCAAACCCACGGUCUUCCAUCGUCUGGAAGAGCCGGUAAUCGAAGCCCGUCGGCAAGCGGCGGAGAAGCUGCUCAACUUCAUCGCCGGCUUCCCCAUUCUCUGCCGUCACGAUGCCUUCCGCGAUUUUCUAAAGGACGGCGAAGAGAUAACACACGCGAUUGGCGAUUUCGACACCACCGAGCCGCUCCGUCCACAGCGCCUGUACGCCCUCACUCCAGGACCCAGUGGAAGUGUGGAUGAUGAGUCCUUGUCUGAUGAUAUCAGUCUCGACAGCAAUCUAAGCCCACGCCUCCUCUCACCCAUCAGCGGCAUCUGGCGGCACCGCUGCUCCGACGCCGAAGACGACCCAACCGCCGCCGCCCCUCCAGUUCCCCCCCGGACCAUGCCUCCCCGGCGUCCCUGCUGGACUCCCCCCUCACCACCCCCGAACCCCUGCCCGCCCUCCUCCUCCUGCCCUCCCGGCCCCUCGAUGACCUGCUGUCGCCGACGUCCUGAGACCACGCCCACCAUGCCCCCGCUGCGCCCCACCCCGGCGGCGUACGUGGCCACGCUGCUGCAGGCGGAGGGUGGGCGGGAGACGGCGACACCGCCCGGCGAGGCGGAGGAUUAUCUGUUUAUCGCCGGGCAUCAUCUGGCACGGGCCAAUGAUAAGGAGUUGGCCGGGGAUUUUGAAGUGGCGUUUGGACUGUAUAAACUGGGGAUUGAUAUUCUGCUGCGCGGCGUGCAGACCGACGAAGAUCCGGUGCGGCGGGAUGCCGUGCGACGGAAAGCCGGGAAAUAUCUGAGCAAGGCGGAGCAGCUGUAUAACGAGUAUAUUUCUACGGAGGUCAGCCAUAACGUCGAACCACUGAUCCAUUCCGAGUAUUCCUCGGCGGCGGCAUCACGCGCCCAGCUGGCUCAGUUUACAGUGAUUGGUGUCGUGGAUGCCGGCGUCGUCCUCGUCAUGCAUCGCACCACACGCGACAACUUCGUCAUUAAAACACUGCGCAAAUCCCCCGGUGUGUUGGCGCGGAAGCGUGAUCAGCGCACGAUCAUUCCCCUGGGCGGCCACAAGCACAUGGUGCAGCUGCACUACUUCGUCGAGACGGAUGACGCCGUCCAUCUCGUCCUGGAACGCGCUCCCGGCGGGAAAUUGUGGAACUACAUUGCCCAUCGGAUGUCCGUCGCCGAAGAUUCGCCUAAACCCCGCCUGCCCACCUCCGACUCGGUGUCGUCCAACCUUUCUACCACCAGCAGCGACGGCUCGACCUCCUUCGCCAAACUGAUGCACUCCAUCGACGCCGCGGCCCCGCCCCCCGCCGGCGGCUCCUCCUCCGAGUACGCCGCCCUCUUCUACAAGUUCGUCCCCGACGCCGACGCCCAGCAGCGCUCCCGCACCUCCUCCCUGGCCUUUCUGGAGCGCUCCACCUCGGCGGACGCCCCGGAGACGCUGGACAGCGGCGACAUGCUCCCGGAUUGGGCGGACACGUCGGAACCGAUAAAUCGCGUCCACCCGGAUGCGUUGUACCUCCAGGACAUGGAGCCGCUGGCGUCACCCACCUUGCGGGGCCUGGAGAACUGGCGGGAUGUCGGGGAGAUUGAUUCGCAGCAGCUAAUCGCCAAAUCCAAAGAAUUGUUGUUGUCGGUGGACAAGGUCAUCAGCAUCCCGGAGGUCCAGCGCGCCGUGACCCCGGUGGCACCGGUGACCCUCCCGGAGCCGGAAGGAGCUGACAGCGUUCCCGGGACGGACGAGACCCUUCUGGAAGACACCGUGAUCGAAGAAGAGGCUCCCACGAUGUCCGGGGACCUCCGGAAGGUCCCCGAGGCCCUGGUCCGCCGGUGGAUGGCGGAGAUUGUCCUGGGCGUGGAGGCGCUGCACGAGCUGGGGAUUGUGUGCGGGGAUCUGCACUGGGAUAAUAUUCUCCUGGGUGAUAAAGGGCGCAUCAAGUUGACGUACUUUAGUCAAUGGAGUUCUGUGAUUAAAGAGGAUGAUUAUGCGUGUUUAACGGAUAACGCUCACAUUCCGCCUGAAUUGCGGCGCGGUCGGCGGGACGUGAUGGAUCCGGUGGCCGAUUCCUGGAGUAUCGGCGUACUGUUAUUUGAAUUACUGACGGGCCAGAGAUUUUCCGAAAUCAACGUCCCGACGCCCAAUGCUCACCGCUCAUUCCGCAUCCCGGCUGACCUUUCCGCGGAAGCUCAAGAUUUAUUGCGAAAGUUGUUAAAGUACAGUCCGCGUGAACGGCUGACGUUAAUGGAGACCAAAGAGCAUCCCUUCUUCCGCUCCCUGGAAUGGCGACGUCUCCAGCCCUGACCAAAUUCAUCAUUCCCGUUUCGGCAGACAUCGGGAUGCAGCGUGCGACGAAUAAUUAUUAUUAAUUUAAUAACAAUUCGCCGAUUAAUUUUUUUACAGAUUUUCUAUUAAUUUAUUUUUCUAUGCCCGUUUCUAAUUCCUGUUUUUAUUACUGAAGUGUGUCAUUCUCUAGUGCCAUUCGUGUGAUUUAUUCCCUGCUGGAUUUCUCUGUAUUUAAUUCUAUGUUUUUGCGGGUGAAUUUUGACA